AUGGUAGGACAACAUCGAACACGAAACUUCGAAUACAGUUCCUCGAUCCGUUGGUUUUCUCUUUAUCAUUCUAUUGAAAUUUCGAGAAGUUUCUAUCGAACACACAAAGAUCUUAGUUCAUUCCAAUUGAGAAAAUUGCGUCGAAACAAUGGGAGAAUACAAUUGCUGACACACAAACAUUGAAAGGCUAUUUAUUAAAAUGGAUCCACGACAGUGUCUGUUUUCAAUUGCAUUAAUUUUAUUAGUACUGAUAACACGCACCCAUGGCCAGCGACCAAUAAAAAUCGGAUUUAUCUAUCAUAAUGGCGAUGAAGAUCUUAUGUCUACAUUCCAAAAGGCAAUCUCUGAAACAGAACGCGAAAAUUUUGCACCCGCAUUCGAACUUGUCCCUGUUUAUAAAUGCAUCAAUGUUAAUACUGAUAGCUUUAAGACUGGUCUAGCUGCUUGCGAGCUUCUUGAGGAAGGUGUGGCAGCUAUUUUCGGGCCUGCAAGCCGGCAUACUCGUGGUAUAGUUGCGAGCAUUGCUGCACGAUUUGAUAUACCGCACAUCGAGUAUGUCUGGCGAGAAAACGAGGGAUUAGGAGAAAAAAACGAGCCAUUAGAAGAGGAAAUGGAGACUCCUCCAUCAAUGACCAUAAACAUAUUUCCUGCUAGUGAGCAAGUCAGCCAGGCUAUCGCCGAUGUCAUUGAUUCAAUGCACUGGCAAAAUUUCGCAGCAAUUUAUGAAACUGACGAAGGACUGUCGCGCCUUCAGAAGACCUUGACUCUAAAAGGAGACAAAAAUAAUCCGAUUGUACAUACGGUACGUCAGCUGAACGAAGGGACGGAUUAUCGCCCGAUGCUCAAAGAGAUACGCUCUUUGUCAGUGUGCAACAUAAUUAUUGAUGUCAAGCCGGAGAAUAUCAAAAAAGUUCUUUCUCAAGCAAAGGAUGUCAAAUUGUUAGCAGAUUACUGUCAUUUCGUCAUAACAUAUCUGGAUUCAUCCAAGCUACGUAUUCUCGAGAUACGAAAUGGUACAGUCAAUAUCACCGGACUCAGUUUGAGAGAGAAUGACAUAGAAGACGUUAAUUGGCUAGAUUCGGCGGUCCUUUAUGAUGCAGUAUUUUUGUUGAACAAAGCACUAGAGACCCUAAAUGCAAGAAAUGCGAGAAAUAUUAACAACGAGGAAUAUAUGUCUAUUGAUCCUGUACCACUUUAUUGUAAUAGUACUAGAAAGUAUCAAGUAGGAUCGAAUAUUAUUAGCGUUAUGCGGGAGUUGUCAACAAUGGGAAAGAUUACGGGCACAAUGAAGAUUGACAAAAACGGUCAUCGGCACGAUUUUAACAUAAAAAUUUUGAGUUUUCGACAAUCGGGUAUGAUACAAACGGGUUUUUGGAACAAAACCGGUGUACAGCUCAUACGGACUCAAAAAGAAUUAGAUCUCUAUGUGUACAAAUCCAUCUCGGAGAAGGUAUUCAAGAUUAGUUUAAGAAUAGGUGCACCCUACAUUAUGGAGGUCACUGAUAAUUCAAUGCACGGAGUGCUAAUUGGUACAAAACGUUACGAAGGCUACUGCAUCGAUUUGAUUGAUCUUAUCGCCAAGGAUCUAAAUUUCAAAGACGUUGUUUACGAAAUCGUACCUGAUGAACAGUAUGGCAGAUAUGAUCCACAAACCAAGUCAUGGAAUGGACUUAUCAAGCGCGUUCUAGAUCAUGAAGUCGAUCUUGCUAUUUGCGAUCUAACGAUAACAUAUGAACGCAAAUCUGCUGUGGAUUUCAGUAUGCCCUUCAUGAAUCUCGGUAUCAGCAUUGUCUUCACAAAACCAGAAGACAAACCACCAGACUUUUUCUCUUUCUUAUCGCCACUAUCGACAGAGGUAUGGUUUUACAUGGCAACUGCGUAUCUCAUCGUAUCAAUAAUGUUAUUUCUUCAGGCAAGAAUGGCGCCUGGAGAGUGGGACAAUCCGCAUCCAUGCAAUGCUGAUCCUGAAGAACUUGAAAAUAAUUUAAAUUUCAAAAAUUCGUUCUGGAUCACUGUUGGUUCUCUUAUGCAGCAGGGUUCAGACAUAAUGCCCAAAGCACCCAGUAUUCGUAUGUUAACGAGUAUGUGGUGGUUCUUCACGUUAAUAAUGAUCAGCUCAUAUACAGCGAAUCUAGCCGCCUUUCUUACUGUGGCCCAAAUGGAUGCGCCUAUUAAAGGAGUUGAGGAUCUCGCUAAGCAAACAAAAAUCAAAUACGGCGCACUCAAGGAUGGUUCGACAUCCACAUUUUUUAAAAAUUCAAAUUAUUCCACGUACAAGCGAAUGUGGGCUGCAAUGUCGGACUGGAGGCCAAGCGUAUUUACGGGCAGUAAUGAUGAAGGUAUCGAACGAGUUAUCAAGGGCAAACGACAAUAUGCUUUUCUAAUGGAAUCAGUCAGCAUUGAGUAUAAAAUGGAACGUAAUUGUGACUUAGUCAAAAUAGGAGGCCUUAUCGACAACAAAGGAUAUGGCAUUGCUAUGCCGCGCAAUUCUCCAUAUAGAACACCGAUUAACAGAGCGAUCCUCACGCUAGGAGAGAAAGGUGUAUUACAACAAUUGAAAAAGAAGUGGUGGGUAGAAAUAGGAGGAGGUUUAUGCAAAAAGGAUGAAGGAGAAAAAAGUGUGAGCACAAAUGAAUUGGGAUUGGCUAACGUCGGUGGUGUGUUCGUUCUUUUAAUGUGCGGUUGCGGCUUGUCGUUCUUUAUCGCAAUUUGCGAAUUUCUAUGGAAUAUACGCACAGUCGCUGUAAGAGAGAAGAUCACGCCGUGGGAAGCGCUAGUUGCCGAGUUGAAAUUCGCGGUGAACAUCUUUGCAGAAACGAAACCCGUUCAAAUCAAGAGCAGCAACAGCAGCGCAAGCUCCGUGGAGGGUGGACUUGGCAGAGCUGCGUCCACGGCUCGAUCUAUCGUUGGCUCUUUCUUACGUCUCGACAUGCUCGAUAAAUUCGAUAAAGACCAUAACACGAACAACCGCAGCAACGAUCGUAAAAUUAAUUAAUCAUCGUCAAGAGAAUUGGAGUAAAUCGCAAAUGUUUUAACUAAUGUAAAAUUUAAAAUUAUACGAUGACCCCAGUAGAAUUGUAGAACUAACUAUAAUAAAUAUGUACAGAUUAAA